UUUGUGAGUUAUAGCAACCGUUGCCUUGUGAAUCAAGCGCCAUAGUCACCGUAGUCCUGGCGACUGUUACCCAUCAACAACAACGGCUCCUUUCCUCCUUCACCACCAUCACCACCUCCUCCUGCUGCUGCUGCUGCUCCUCCUCACCCCCAGCCUCACCCCCAUCCUCAUCAUCACCCACAACAACAACCUCCAGCAGCAAGAGCAACACCAUCACCACUACCACAGCCCUCCACAGCCCAGCAACAAGAAUGCAGACAUCAGAGACUGGGUCGGAUACAGGUUCGACGGUUACUUUGCAGACUUCCGUAGCUAGUCAAGCAGCUGUACCUACCCAGGUGGUACAGCAGUUACCAGUACAACAACAGGUUCAACAAGUACAAACUGUGCAACAAGUGCAACAUGUAUAUCCAGCCCAGGUGCAGUAUGUGGAGGGAAGUGACACGGUCUACACAAAUGGAGCUAUACGAACAACAACGUAUCCUUACACAGAAACUCAGAUGUACAGCCAAAACACUGGGGGGAAUUACUUUGAUACCCAAGGAAGUUCUGCGCAGGUGACCACAGUAGUCUCUUCUCAUAGUAUGGUGGGCACUGGAGGCCUUCAGAUGGGUGUCACAGGAGGACAGCUCAUCAGCAGCACUGGAGGUACCUACCUGAUUGGCAAUUCAAUGGAAAACUCUGGCCAUUCUGUUACUCACACAACACGAGCAUCCCCUGCUACAAUUGAAAUGGCGAUUGAGACACUGCAAAAGUCUGAUGGUCUGUCCACUCACAGAAGCUCUCUUCUCAACAGCCAUCUUCAAUGGCUUUUAGACAACUAUGAAACAGCAGAAGGGGUGAGCCUUCCCAGAAGCACUCUCUACAACCAUUACCUGAGACACUGUCAGGAGCAUAAAUUGGACCCUGUCAAUGCUGCUUCUUUUGGAAAACUCAUACGGUCAAUUUUCAUGGGCCUACGGACCAGAAGAUUGGGAACCAGGGGGAAUUCCAAAUAUCAUUACUAUGGGAUUCGUGUCAAGCCAGACUCUCCUCUUAAUCGACUACAAGAGGACAUGCAAUAUAUGGCUAUGAGACAACAACCCAUGCAGCAGAAACAAAGGUACAAACCUAUGCAGAAAGUGGAUGGAGUCUCAGAUGGUUUUACAACAAGUGGUCAGCAAACAGGCACAUCUGUUGAACAAACUGUGAUUGCUCAAAGUCAGCAUCAUCAACAAUUUUUAGAUGCAUCUCGAGCACUUCCAGACUUUGGAGAAGUUGAAAUCUCUUCGCUGCCAGAUGGAACUACUUUUGAGGAUAUUAAGUCUUUACAGAGUCUCUAUCGAGAACACUGUGAGGCAAUAUUGGAUGUUGUAGUGAACCUUCAGUUUAGCCUAAUAGAAAAAUUGUGGCAGACUUUUUGGCGCUAUUCUCCCUCAACCACAACUGAUGGCACUACUAUCACUGAGCCAAGCAAUCUGAGUGAAAUAGAAAGUCGACUUCCGAAAGCAAAGCUGAUAACUCUGUGCAAAAAUGAGUCAAUUCUGAAAUGGAUGUGUAACUGUGACCAUGUGAUGUACCAGGCUUUGGUGGAGAUUCUCAUUCCUGACGUCCUUAGACCUAUUCCUAGUGCCUUGACCCAAGCCAUUCGCAAUUUUGCAAAAAGCCUUGAAGGUUGGCUUUCCAAUGCCAUGAACAAUAUUCCCCAGAGAAUGAUUCAAACCAAGGUUGCCGCUGUAAGUGCCUUUGCUCAGACUCUGCGAAGAUACACAUCUCUUAAUCAUCUGGCUCAGGCAGCCCGAGCUGUCUUGCAGAACACUUCUCAGAUUAACCAGAUGCUCAAUGACCUCAACCGUGUUGAUUUUGCCAAUGUCCAGGAGCAGGCUUCCUGGGUGUGCCAGUGUGAUGACAACAUGGUACAACGGUUAGAAACAGAUUUCAAGAUGACUCUUCAGCAGCAGAGCACUCUGGAGCAGUGGGCUGCCUGGCUUGAUAAUGUAAUGAUGCAAGCACUGAAACCAUAUGAAGGAAGACCUAGUUUUCCUAAAGCAGCACGCCAGUUUCUGUUAAAGUGGUCUUUCUACAGCUCAAUGGUGAUUCGAGAUUUAACUCUGCGCAGUGCUGCUAGCUUUGGUUCUUUUCAUCUGAUCCGUCUGUUAUAUGAUGAAUAUAUGUUUUACUUAGUUGAACAUCGGGUUGCUCAAGCCACAGGAGAGACACCUAUUGCAGUCAUGGGAGAGUUUGGUGAUUUAAAUGCUGCAUCUCCUGGAAACAUGGACAAAGAUGAAGGCAGUGAAGUUGAAAGUGAAAUAGAUGAAGAGCUGGAUGACUCUGGAGAGCCGCAAGCCAAGCGAGAGAAGACUGAAAUUAGCCAGGCCUUUCAGGUGGGCUGCCUGCAGCCGGUACUCGAGACUGGAGUACAGCAGAACCUUUUGAACCCUCUUCACAAUGAGCACAUUGUCACAGCUACUCAAACGAUCAGACAGUGUAGUGCGACUGGAAAUACAUAUACUGCGGUCUAACAAAUAUUUAAAAGUUCUUUUUUCAGAUUGUAUUAGCCCUCUUGAUGUUGGGCAUAUCAUAGGGGACGGAAGGGAUGCAAAAAAAAAAAAAAGAUUUCUGAAAGUCGACUAUUGUCAAAUUUUAUCUGUACUUUUGCUGGAGUUGUGAAAAUGG